AUGGAUAUUGACCACAAGACAAAAGCUCUGGUGUACUAUUUAUCGAGGUUUCAAGGGCUUUCCAUUCCGGAAGGAGCGAGAGAAUGUAAUGUUUCUCGGGCAACUGUGUGGAGGAUUAGCAAAAUGGAUAUGAGCAGUAACGGAUGUAAGAAAACGCGCAGAGAGACUAGAGGUAGACCCAGAAAGCUAAAUAAACGCCAGGAACGAAAACCAAGACGAUCGAUCCAGAUCCUAAGAGAGCAGGAGGGUAAUUUCACGAUCAAGUGACUGAUGGAGAACACAUGCAUUUGUAGAAAAGACGUUUCAGAGAGUACAAUUUCACGUUUCCUAAAUAAAGAGGGCUAUUAUUAUCUACAAGCUGAUAUGAAAAAGAGGAGAAUUUUUGCACGGAGAAUGCAAAAGGAAUAUUCUCACAACGUGUGGACUCAAGAUAUUGUGUUUUACCUCGACGGAAUGGGAUUUGCGUAUAAGAGAAAUCUCUUGGAUCAAGCCUUGGCACCCAAAGGCAGAGUAUGGUGCAAGAGAAGCGAAGGACUAAUGCCAGGAUGUACUGCGAAAGGACAAAAAACAGGAACUGGUGGUUGA